AUGCUGAAAAAGGUAGACAGGAAAUGCCAGAUGUCGACGACGCAGCCCUCACGUGUCAAAAACACUGCUGAGCGCAGAAUAUCGCGUGCAACAACAAGGCACGAAACAUCAGAACCAGAUGUGCUGGUCAAUGAACGCUACUCUUCAGUGGUAAAAACUGAGGAAGUACAGAAAGCACUUAAACCACCUUCGGUGAGCAUCCCCAGGUUCAGUGGAAAGGUAGAAGAGUUCCAGGAGUUUUGGGCCGUUUUUGAGACGAUGGUCCAUAAAAAUCAAUCUCUAACAGACAUGGAAAAGAUGAUAUUACUAAAAGCAAGCCUGGUAGGAAAGGCGUCCAUAACCAUAAAAGGUAUCAAAAUGGUGCCUCAGAACUACACCUGGAUGAUUGAAACGAUACUGAAAAAAUACGGAAAUGUCACAACGGCUCGUGCCAAUGUCAUUCAGCGUUUAUCCCACAUACAGCCUGCGACAGAGACCACAUGUGAAUACGUUUUCGAUGAACUCCGAUCUCUCAUCAACGAAAUGGUUUCAUCAGGCUACAGAGUCACAGACACCAGGGACCCAAUGUGGAUUGAAGCAAUUUUGCAAAAGCUUCCUCACAACAUUGUAGGAGAGUUUCUAAGGGAAAACAAAGGC